GUUCAGUACCUGUGUGGGCAGUGGGAGGCGGUUCUGCCACCUGGCCAGAGCCAGGGUGUCCUGGAGGCAGGUGGGAAUCCUGGGUGGGCUCAGGGCACCGCUGCUGCCUCCACCUCUCCUGCCCAGCACCAGCUCCUUCCCUGAGCCUGUUUUUCCCUCUGAGAGGAGGCUGUGGUCUGUGUGAGCCUCGCUCUCUGAGCCUGAGGGGCCACUGGAGGCUGAGGGUGCCGUGGGCUCCGCAGCCCGAUGAGUCGUCGGUGGGGGCUGAGGAAGGAGGUUGGGGCUGCGGCUCCUCCUGUCCCCCGACCCAGUGGGAUCAAACACAGGAGGAUGAGUGCAUGAUUCUGAUGCUAGGAACUCCUCUGCAGGUGACUCUGCUGAGUUUGUUCCCCUGCAGGGACCCACCCACAGGUGACCAGGAGCAACAACCGAGCCAUGGAGACAUGGGUGAACCAAUCAGACACAGAUGGCUUCUUCCUCUUGGGCAUCUUCUCCCACAGUACUGCUGACCUUGUCCUCUUCUCCGUGGUUAUGGUGGUCUUCACAGUGGCCCUCUGUGGGAAUGUCCUCCUCAUCUUCCUCAUCUACGUGGACCCUCACCUUCACACCCCCAUGUACUUCUUCCUCAGCCAGCUCUCCCUCAUGGACCUCAUGUUGGUCUGUACCAAUGUGCCAAAGAUGGCAGCCAACUUCCUGUCUGGCAGGAAGUCCAUCUCCUUUGUGGGCUGUGGCAUACAAAUUGGCCUCUUUGUCUGUCUUGUGGGAUCUGAGGGGCUCUUGCUGGGACUCAUGGCUUAUGACCGCUAUGUGGCCAUUAGCCACCCACUUCACUAUCCCAUCCUCAUGAAUCAGAGGGUCUGUCUCCAGAUUACCGGGAGCUCCUGGGCCUUUGGGAUAAUCGAUGGCUUGAUCCAGAUGGUGGUAGUAAUGAACUUCCCCUACUGUGGCUUGAGGAAGGUGAACCAUUUCUUCUGUGAGAUGCUAUCCUUGUUGAAGCUGGCCUGUGUAGACACAUCCCUGUUUGAGAAGGUGAUAUUUGCUUGCUGUGUCUUCAUGCUUCUCUUCCCAUUCUCCAUCAUCGUGGCCUCCUAUGCUCGCAUUCUAGGGACUGUGCUGCAAAUGCACUCUGCUCAGGCCUGGAAAAAGGCCCUGGCCACCUGCUCCUCCCACCUGACAGCUGUCACCCUCUUCUAUGGGGCAGCCAUGUUCAUCUACCUGAGGCCUAGGCGCUACCGGGCCCCCAGCCAUGACAAGGUGGCCUCUAUCUUCUACACAGUCCUUACUCCCAUGCUGAACCCCCUCAUUUACAGCUUGAGGAACAGGGAGGUGAUGGGGGCACUGAGGAAGGGGCUGGACCGCUGCAGGAUCGGCAGCCAGCACUGAACCCAGGGCAUCCAGUGCUUGGCUCUGCCAUCUCUUAGCUCCAGGGAUGUCGGGUUAAUAAUUCUCUCAUUUUCAGUCUUGGUUUCCUCGUGAAUUAUGAUGAUUGUGACACCCUCAGACUUGGAAGGUCUUUUUAAACACUACAUCAAUUCAUUCUUUCUUUCUUUCAUUCGUUCGUUCUUUCUUUCUCUUCCUCUUUCUCUUUCUUUCUUUUUCUUUCAGGUCUUACUCUGCCACCCAAGCUAGAGUACAGUGACACAAUCUCAGCUCAUAGCAGCCUUGAUCUCCUGGGCUCAGGUGAGUCUCCAACUCAGCCUCCUGAGUAGCUGGGAUUACAGGUGCGUGUCCCACACCUGACUAAGUUUUUAGUAAGGGAUCCACUAUUGUUGUAGAGACAAUGUUUUACUAUGUUGCCCAGGCUGGUCUUGAACUCCUGGACUCAAGCAAUCCACCUUCCAGAGUGCUGAGAUUACAGGCGUGAGCCACCACGCACAGCCAACAUCAGUACUUUUUAUCUGAUGAAGAAACAACUUUUCCUCCCAAUCUUUUGUGUACUAAUUAUUUUAUACUAUACAUUGAAAAUGAAUAUAGGACAUUGUAAGUCAGCACUGUGCAGAAAUAAGACAUUGGGAUUGCUGUCACUCAUUAUUGAAAAUUGGAAUUACUUCUACUAGAAGAAGACGUUGAGCUGAGCCUCCUAACUCUCCUUGCUAAUGUUUUAUUCUGUGCUUACUCUGUGGGAGACUUCGCUCUGUGAUCUAUGUGUAGACAUAGAUCCCACCUGCAUGAUGUUUAUAUGAUGUCUCACAACAGUUGUAGCCCAACCCUAGGGUCUUAAAUGAACAACUUACAGAUGACAGAAAAUAAGCCUUUAUAGUUCUCUUUAGAGAAUGUCUACUCCUCACACUGGAAACUUCGUAAAGACGUAUUAAAAGCAUGCAAGUUGUCUUUGAGAUGAUGAGGGACAGGGUAGAGACAUGCUUGCUUGUGUAUUCAGUGGAAAUCCCCCAAGCCUGCUGUCUCCUCACCACAUCCUAGCAGUGUGUGCUGCUCUGUGUCAGCUCAGCUUCUGUAAGGAGAAAACUGGCUGAACUGCUUCCCCUUCAGGGAAUGAAGACUGGAGCAUGUCGACAGAAUUUCAUCUGCUAUUUGAAAACCUAUUUUCAGAAUUUCAGUUUGAACUAUUUGCAGGACUUGUAUCCAUCCUUCCAAGCUCUGUACCUGUCCUAUUUGCAGUAAAAUUCUCUUUUCAUGGAAAAAAAUUAUCUCCAUUGAAGGUGGAGAGAAAAGAGGCCAGAACUGGUCCUGAGGAUUAGACUAAACCCCAGGGAGGUGUUUGCUGGGCUUCAGGCUUUGGAGAGGCGGAGGGAGGUGGCACCCAGGGCCUACCGUGGUUGACUUUAGAUUGUCCACUCAGCUUAAUUCUCACAGGAAACAUUCUGUGGUGAAAAUAUUAUGCCCAUUUUACAGGAUAGGAAGCUAGGGCUCAAAUCGGUAAGUCCCUGCCUCAUCGUCCAGUUUUCCUCUUCACCUCCCCAUGGGAAAGACUGGUUUGUCGGUGCAGCUGAGAUGAGCAAACAACUUCACAGGAGGCUCCUUCCCUUGGGGGUUUAAUUGCCAGAGGAGGUGUCUCCAAGGACUGGUGAAAAUAGAAGUAACUUUCCUUAGUCACAGGGCUGCAAGAUUUUCCAUUGUGUAGAUGGAUCUUAGUGUAUUCUGUGACCACUUGCUGAUAUCACUUAGGUAGUGCCCAACCUACCAAAUUAAUUUAAGCCCUAUAAUGUCAAAUAUCUUUCUGCGUAUUCUCCUCAUUUUCAUCAUAUCUUUUUGCCUUGUACACAUUUCUAUUUGCCCCAAAUUCUUCUCUUCCAGGAAGCAUCCCUGAUUAACCUCAUGCCCACUCAGAUUUCUCUAGGAUUUUGCACCCUUCAACCCGUAAGUACCUUGAGUGUUUCAACCAGAACUGUUUAUCUAUAGCCACUGAACCCCUAGACUGGAAGAAAAUUUAGAGCAAACUUAAUCCAGCCCCCUUCCAUGAUGCAGAAUUUUGGACUAUAAUCACCCAAGCAAAAGUUUUACCAGCCUUUGCCUUAUCUAGUCCCAUGAUGGGGAAAUUCCUAUUUCAUUUUAAUUGCAUUUCAUUGGCAUAGGCUUGAUGUCCUUAAUUCAUUUCCCGCACAAGGACCAGGGAAUUCCAUUGAAAAUUAUCUACUGAACACCACCAGCACCCAGAAAUGUGGUAAGUUCUAUGUCACAAAAAGGUUCCACAGGGUCCCCGUAUGUCCAGGCACACAAUUCAGUUCACUAAUCAAUGCUCCUUAUGAAACAAGAGUUGCAUAACUAGUCUCAGUGUGAGCAACUGCAAACUUAGAGAUGUGCAAUUGUUAGAGAUUUGUAAGAAAAUAAUAGAGAGAGGAAAUACGUGUGAGAGGGGCGUAGGUGCGGUGGCUCACAUCUGUAGUCCAAGCACUUUGGGAGGCCAAGGCCAAGGUGGGAGGAUUGCUUGAGCUCAGCAGUUGGAGACCAACCUGGGCAACAUGGUGAAACCCCAUCUCUACAAAAAAUACAAAAAUCAGCCGGGCGUGGUUACUUGGGAGGCUGAGUUCCUUGGGAGGCUGAGGCGGAAGGAUUGCUUCAGCUUAGGAGGCUGAGGCUGCAGUGACCCAUGAUCAUGCCACUGCACUCCAGCCUGGGCCACAGAGCAGAAGCCUGUCUCGAAAAUAAAUAAGUAAAUAAAUAAAUAAACAAAAAAUAAAAAGAAAACACGUGAAAGCACAGGAGAGUAAAAGAAGCAAGAAUCUUGCCAGGGUACGUGGGAGUUUUUGUUACUUGCUUCACUUUUGUGUAUGCCUGACAUUUUUUAUAAUUAACAGUUUAAAAUGCUCAAGGCCAGUUUUUUUUUGCCAACUACCUUACCAAAUCCUUUCCCAUCAAGUUGUCCGUUCAUUUUAUUGGGUGAUUUUGGGGCAUAGAUGUGACAAAUCUUCAUUGCAAUCAGUUAGGUCAAUGUUUUGUGUGUGUGAAUAUAAAAAAUUGCUUGAAGCCAGGCAUGGUGGCUCAUUCCUAUAAUCCCAGCUGAUAAUGGGGAGGCCAAGGUGGGAGGAUCACUUGAGCCCGGGAGUCUGACGCUGCAGUGUCACUGCACCCCAGCCAGGGCAACUCAGAGAGAUCCUAUCUCUACAGAUUAGAAAUGCUCCAUUUCAGCUGGACAGGGUUUCUCAUGUCUGUAAUCCCAGCACUUUGGGAGGCAAAGGCAGGAGGAUCACUCGAGCCCAGGAGUUUGAGACCAGCCUGGGCAACAUAGCGAAACCCCAUCUCUAGAACAAUUAAAAAUAAAACAUGAAUUUUAAAUUUAAAAAUUGCUCUACAC